GGGGGGGGGGGUGCUGUCGCGAUAUUUCGCUUCAGGAAGAUGUCUGAAGGAGAGUUGGGCAGAAAGUGGGACCGCUGCCUCGCGGACUGCGCCGUGAAGCUCGGGGCUGGGCUGGGGCUUGGGAUCGUGUUUUCAGUCUUGUUCUUCAAACGUCGGACGUGGCCCAUUGUCUUGGGUUCAGGGAUGGGUCUGGGGAUGGCGUAUUCAAAUUGCCAGCAAGACUUCCAGGCACCUUACCUGCUGCAUGGCAAGUGUGUGAAGGAACAGUAGCAGCGUUAUGUGUGUGAGACACUAGGGGGUGCUGUCUGUUUCCUGAGGCUGGCCGGAGCACCUCUCCAAACCCCCUCCCUCUCCCCGGUCCAUUCUUCUCAUCAACACAGACAUCCGCUUGUUUGUCAGCGUGUGCGUUUUGUUGUUGUAAUAACGAUGAUGAUGUCAUUGCCGCUCUGUUCUGGUGAUCACUCUCAUUCAAUAAAGACAGUUCUGAAUUGA